AUGGAAAGGUUUAAAUUGAGAUAUCUCAAGAGUUUCAGAGACCGAGCCGAAACAGAGUUGGAAGAUAUAGUGAGCACUAUAAAUGGUGCGGAAGAAAGUGUUCGGGAAUGUUAUUCAGAGACUAUACCAUAUCUUGACAGUGAUGAAUAUGUGAAAAUGAUCCUGCUUGAUGCCAGCUUCAUUAUCGAGUAUUUCUGGAAAAACAAGACGCUAAACUGGACCGACGAAGACCAGGAAAUAUUAGAGCCGUGGUUCUGCAAUACGAUGCAGAUGGACUUCAUCUUACUUGAAAAUCAGCUUCCUUUCUUUAUUAUUGAGAAAAUAUAUGACAUUGCAUUUCCAUCUCUCUCAAAAAACUACCCCUUCAUUGGGCUUACCUUUCGCCAGUUCAAAUAUUACAAAGUUCAAUUUUCCCAAUAUUCUCCGUCGACAAAAAUAUUGCACUUCACUGACUUGGUUAGAAACUUGUGCAUGCCUCCUAGCGAAAGGCGACCGAAAGGAGAGUCUCAAAAGAUGAAGGAAAUGUACAGUGCAACCCAACUGGAUGAGGUAGGAUUGAAACUUUAA